AUGAAAGCAUUUUCUUUGUCACCGGGAGGUUUGUUGCUUCCCUACCACUUGGGAGCUCUGCAAUCAUUGAUGGAAUCAGGUGCCUUGCAACCAACCAGCGACAUUGUGGGUGGCAGCAGUGCUGGCUCCAUUGCGGCCAUGUCCUAUGGUUGUGGUCUCAAACCAACUGAUAUCUUGGAAGCCACCAUCAAGGUAUCUGAUCAGUGUCACGAUUUGAAACGAGCACGAGGGAACUUGUUACCAUUGCUACGGCAUGAAAUGGAAACUCGAGUGGGCCCUGAGGAGUUUGACUUUUUGAUGACAUCGGCAGAAGAAGGAGGUGGGGGACGCCGAAUUGGGAUUGCCUACAAGGAAAUCUUUCCUCAACGAAAGUCCUAUUUACAAUGUGACUUUGAGAGUCGGCAAGAUUUGUUCCAGAGCGUCUCGUAUUCGUGCAUGUUUCCUUUUUUCGCUACCAAUUACCCCUGCAUGAUGGACUCGUCGUCCUUUCCUCCCCGUCUGAUGGUGGAUGGGUUCUUUUCAGUACCACGAGCGCGCUUUGGAUGUCCUGACUUUGAACCUUAUUUGGGCGAUCCGAAGGGACAAGAGCAAGAGGAUGAUGGUGGAACCGUGGUGAAUGGCAAAGAAAAUAAUAAGAAACCUGAUCGGACCAUUGCGAUAUCAGUGUUUCCAAAGGACAUGAUUGGAAUGGAGGCUUUUAGUGACGACAAUUGUAUCAGUCCAAGCAUUAUAACAGAAGAAGACAGCAAUCAGUUGUCGGUUACCGACAUGUUCCGUAUCGCCACCCAAGCGUCAUCUCGAGAAGAAUUGACACAAGUCUACGAAAUGGGUGCCCGAGAUGCGGAAGCUUGGUGCCGACGAGAGGAACAAAGGAAAAGUCGAGUGGAUCACACAGAAGCCACGAUUAAGCUGGAUUCAAUAUGA